UUAUCAUCGUUAUCAUCAUCGUCGCAAUAUAAUAAUCACGAUAUUCAAAUAUAACAUUAUAAACAACAAAAUCGUGGGAGAAAUAAGAAGUAAGGAAAUUAAUAAAAAAAAAAAAAGUAAGAUAGAAGGGUAAAAGAAGAAGAAGAAGAAGAAGAAGAAGAAGAAGAGUUUAGCAAGCAAACGAGGAAAGGAACGUAUCGCUAAGCUUUGACUACUAUUUUUCCUAUACUUGGAUUCCUAUCACCCUGACUACUAUUAUAUUACAUCGGGAAUUAGUUGGAUUUUAUUUUCAACGAGUUGUGAUUGUCUAUUCGCGUGUUAUCCAAAUCUGUGCUGCUGCUUCAACGAGAUUCUGAGAAUUGUGAGUGUUUAAUCUCGAACCUGAUCAAAUUUGGAGUCUACAUGUUAUCCUUAGGAAAAUAAUAAAUAACAACAGAAUACUUCGUUAUCAAAUCGAAGAAAAAGAGAUAAUAAGUUGAGGAUUAUAAGAAGAAGUAAGAAAAGAAGAAGAAGAAAUUGAUUACAGUAGUACUGGCGAGGUAACGGAUUAGGCUCGCUCGAGGAAGCAAUUUUCUCAUGGGUGUGGAACGAUCCGGGAGAGGAGCGCGAUAUAUCUCGAGUGUGUGUGGGUGUCGCGGUCACUGCGGAGAGGGCUCGCUCGCAGUGGAUAGCGCCAUCAUCGUGUCGGCUGCCACGUGAAGCGCUUCCGAGACCUUUUUUGAACAACAACGUCCCUCGACGUCGUUCCAUGCUGGAUCCGAGCGUUGGACCAGGUACGACGGAGAGGGAAGAGAGAAGAAGAAGAAUGCGAGAACCUCAUAAAAGUCUGUGAACAUGAUUUGUCAUACGGAUGUCGCGGGUGGUAAUCGUAAGACGAGCAACACCGACGACGACGAAGACGAAGACGAGGACGACGACGACGACGACGAAGAGGAGGACGACGAGGAGGUGGACGACGAGAACGAGGACGACGACGAGGCCGAUAACGACAACGAUAACGAUAAGAACGAGGAGGAGGAUAAGGAGAACGAAGACAAGGAGGAGGACAAAGAGGAAGACAAAGGAACGAAUUAUUUCACAAUUGAUAAGUUUAACGCGUUGAGGACUAUUGUUGUUAUUAGCGAGGAAGAUAGAAUAAUAAGGAGAAGGAGAAGAAGAGGGAGAGAUAGAGGAGACCAAGUAGAAGAAGAAGUAGAAGAAGUAGAAGAAGAAGAAGAAGGGGAGGGCGUAACGUCGCGGGCGUGUUUGCGAGGGUUUGGUGAUAAGGUGGUGCGUUCACCGGGUGUCGGAUGACUCGGCGACGAGGGCUUAGAUAUCCCGUAGUCGUAGAAAAGGCGCGUUAUCCCGCGAUAAUAAUAAAAAUAAUAAUAACGGAAGGUGGUUAUAUAUCAGUCUUAUAUUCGAGAAGAGAACAUAGUUCGCGCGAGUCCGUCGCGUUAUCUCGUAGGCGACGUCGCCGGUGCGUUUUGGCGCUGCAUCAGCACCGGCCUCCUCCUCUUAGCCAGGCCGCUACCCACCAUCCUGCCCACCAUCCUGCCCACCAACGCGUUAAACCCCGACCUCCCCGUGCUGCACCCAACUCGCCCAACCUCUUUACACCGUGAUGGAGGACUUACCCGAUAUCUCGCACCUCACUCCCGAGGAGAGGCGCAUCAUCGAGGAGGUCGUCAUACGGCAAAAGAGGGAGGAGGAAAAAGAGAAUGAAAUUAUGAGACGAAAACAGGACGAGGUACAGGUCCUCGAAGAAACGAUACGAGCUCGCUCGGAAAAACACAAGAAGGCUGGGGUUGAAUUAAAUGCAACGUGUCAAGUGUGCAUGAAAACCAAGUUUGCCGAUGGCAUUGGUCAUAACUGCAACUACUGCCAUAUCCGGUGUUGUGCACGUUGCGGUGCAAAGAUCACACUACGUUCGCGUGGGGAAAUAUGGGUGUGCAUCGUCUGUCGAAAGAAGCAAGAGGUCAUGACGAUGACAAAGGCUGGCCUCGGGACCGCGGACAACGCGAUGCUGCCAAUGCGAAUGCAGGAGGACAUGCAGGUGGGUGGUCCUCCGGGACUCUUGGACCAAACUCAGGAUAAGAGGCCGAAACUCGAGAGGGCGCACAGCGCAGCCGAGAAGGAGAACCUGCCUUUGCUGCAAAGAAGCGGAAGUCUGCUCAAAAGGCAGUACUCCCAGCAAGAGCAGGUUCCAGGACGUCGGGUGUCUACCAGCGAUAGCGGAGUUGACAUGUCCGCUUCACCUCAUUCGAGAAGUCUACCGACACCCCAAGUAGUCGGUUCGUAUCCUAUACCAAAAUCUCUGAGACAUCAUCUUAUCUACGGGCCAGACGAAACUACUCUGUUCAGGAGUGAAAUCGACAGUCUCAUGAGAGAACAUCAAAAAAAUUAUCCGAGGCAUCGACCGAUCUAUCAGGAUCAAAACUCUGAGUUUGUAAUGGCUUAUGGUCAACCCGGUACAGAAACGGGACCUUCGCGUGGACCAGUUCAUCCUUCGCAACAACACACGGUUGUACAUCAAGCACCAGGUACGCAUCCCUCACAAUCAGCUGUGGCAGGUCAGAGUACUCUUCAGCAACAAAGAAGUUACAGUAGCAGCGAGGAAGAACGGAGUACACCUGAGUGUGGGAGUGACGAGCCUGACGAGUCCGAGAAGGGAAAGGAGUACUUCCCUAAGAUGGAUGGUCCAAUGGCUGUGAACAAGGAUACACGUACGAAGAAGAAUGCUACCCAUAAUGGGCAACUACCCAUUACGAGUACUAUCAAUAUCGAAUUUAAUGGCAAUCAUCAAACGAGAGAUCAACGAAAAGAACUGCACACAAUCGUCAGACGAAGUUUCCGGAGGAAUGGCGACGAAUGGCGUGCCGAUAGUAGGAGGUUUACGGAAAGAAGGGGGAAAAAGACGGUACGAUUUUACGGUGGGACCAAUAUUGGUAGCAGCAGCAGCCAUCAAGAGGAUGAUUGGUCAUGGGAAGUUACCGAUCAUAGUCGGCAAGAUGGUAGUCAAGACAGCGCAACUAAAGAUUCCGGUAUUGACACGUCAAGCAACUUCACGAGCAGUGAAGAAAGCAACAGGGGCGAUUUGCCCAAGCAUCCUUUCUCCUGGCAAGUGAGCAGAGACGGUCAGAAGGUAAUCGGACACAUGGUCUUACGAAAGUCUUUGGGUUCUGAAACCGGUACAAGUAUACUCGGUCUCAAGGUCGUCGGUGGGAUACUCUUAGAGGAUGGUUCUAGGGGUGCAGUUAUCGAAAAAGUCAAGAAGGGUAGUACAGCGGAUGUUGAUGGUCACUUAAGACCCGGUGACGAGGUACUCAAAUGGAAUGGUAGAUCACUUCAAGGUAGAAGCUUUAAAGAAGUAUACGACAUUAUCGCAGAAUCGAGACAGGAGUCUCAAGUCGAACUGAUAGUUUCGCGAAAUUUAUCUGCUGCAUUGGCACCAAGUACUACGACGAUGACCACUUCGACGAUUAUGGUAGGACAACAACAACAACAACAAAAACAAUUGCAACAACAACAACAACAACAACAACAACAAUUACAGCAACAACAAAGAUUACCUGUUACACCGAUGUCCGUACCGUCCAGACGAAUUACUUCGCAAACCCAAUGGAGAACAAAACAGGAUUCCAUUUCCAGUCCUCAACAACCUCAUCAUAAAGAUUAUAUGAUUUUUCGCAUUCCAGGUCUUAAGAAAUGUAUUCUAUGGGAAUUGUACGACGCGAGGCGAGAGAAACCGUCGGUUUUAGUGACGUCACCUGGUUCACCGGACCUAAACGCUCAAGGACGCGUCAGGCAUGGACGUAGAGCAACUACGGGAAACGUCAACGUUGGUGGUGAUCUACAAGUGAAGUUACUCUUCGAUCCUGUAACACUUCAACUAUUCGUCACUGUCGUUAGCGCUUCGGCCCUUAGUCCACGUCCUGAUGGUCAACCAAGAAAUCCUUACGCCAAGAUCUUCCUACUUCCUGAUAGAAGCGAGAAGUCAAAAAGACGUACGAAAACAUUGGCUAACACGAACGAUCCUAAAUGGAAUCAGACAUUCGCUUACAACGGAAUAAGAAGAUCGGAGCUUAGGAAAAGGGCAUUGGAGAUAACAGUUUGGGAUUAUGGGAGGUACGACGCGAAUGAUUUUCUUGGUGAGGUCGUCAUAGAAUUGGCUACUGCACCAUUGGACGAUGAAAUAGAAUGGCAUCAAUUGACGAUACACACGGAACAUCGGCAAUAUCAGGAGGCCGAGGAUAUGGUGAUAACUCCGGUGGAUUGCCAUCUUAGCCCGCCGUCGACAACAUCGAGAUUAAGCGAUUCCGACACUUCGGAGUGCGACAUCACGGAUUGCGACGUCUCCAGGGAACAGAGACGAACGGCUGACGGUGCCAGCAUAAGUAGUAUCGGCAGUUCCUCCAGGUUUCAUAAUAUGCCGUCAAAUUAUAAGCGCCACUAUUCUAGCCCCCCGCCGGAAAGAGACCUGUGUGUCGAUGGUGAACAUCGGAGUCGAAGGGACAUGUCACCCCAAGGUCGUAAAAGAGCUGCCCUUAUGGUGUCCCGUGAUCAUCCCGCGUCCAUCUCUGGCUAUCAAACUUAUCGAAAGGACGAUAUUCAUCGUGGAAUGAUGGGUCACAGAUCUCACAGCGCAGCACCAAUGGAUUCACCUAGCUUACGUUACCGUGGCCGAUCCCAAAGUCCCACCGGUCAUCGUUCUUUAUCACCACCCGAACACAGAUCCAUGCCUUAUUCGCACAGUUACAUGCCGAGAUUCGGUUCUAGAUCGGCAACAGCCACACCUACCGGUUCGCCAAAGAAGCGUCAGCUUCCACAAAUCCCAGCAGCUUUGAAGGACAGAGUAACGCAAGAUCUUGAAGAUAGAGCAAGGUUUAUGAGGCAUCGUAAUAGACCAGGACACACAACUUAUAGGAGUACAGGAAUGGGAGGCUGGGAAAGACACUACAGUGGUCUUUCAGAUUCGGAUCUACCAUCGAUGGGACAUGAUCCAUUAUCGUUACCGCACAGUAAUGCUCAUAGACUGCACAGAUCACGAAGGGGUCAUUUAAGUCCAGACAAAGAUGUGCUUGGUGACCUUGGGGACUCCGACAUGGAGAGCAUAGCAUCAGUAACGAGCAGUGCCUUCAGUACGCAAUCGGAACGACCACGUGGAUCGAGGGGAUUAAUACCGACAGUUAAAAACGUUUUAAUACCCGGUGUCAUAUUCCCCUUGCCCCCGCCCCCUAGGCGCAAUAGGCGCAGGCACAGACUUAGGGUUCCCUGCAGCGAAUGUCACUGCCCCCCGAACAUGAUUCCCUCCAAGCCGCCCAGAAGCAAAAACCCCUCGAAGCACAAUCCCGUCCCACAUCCCCUCGUACGGAGCAAGUCCGCAGUGGUACGCUCGUUGUACAGAAAGAUGCGUACGCCGUUCACGAGAUCGCAGACCGUCGACGAGAACAUGCUGAGAUAUUACAGUCCGGAGACCAGCGAGUACAGCGUCUCCGAGGGUUACAUACUCAAGCCGGAAAAGCUCACUGGUAGCUCGAAGAAUCGUAUACCGGAGAUAUACGUCGAGGACUGCCUGCAGGUCGACUUCAACGAUCGUUUCGUCGAGAAGUUUCGCGCCAACAACUCCUCCUCGUCGGCGUACCGCUUGGAGUCCGGUUUGCGUAGACGCUCGCGUAGCUGGCAGGAUCGUACUAACACAACGAGCAAUGUUAAAUCGAGGCCGCGAAACGCCAAGAUAACGAGACUGUUCCAGCAAUCACCAAUACUCUUAACCUCGAGCGUUUUAGCCCACCAACAGCAAAAGCAACAGCAGCAACGACAGCAGCAGCAACAGCAACAGCAGCAGCAGCAGCAGCAACAACAGCAGCAGCAGCAGCAGCAGUUGCAGUUGCAGCCGCAGUCGCAGUCGCAGUCGCAGCAGCAGCAGCUACAGCAGCAGCAGCAGCAGCUAGCCACUGCCGCCGCAAUCGCCGUCGCAGCUGAUAAUAAAAAAAGUUACGACAUUAGGAACGUAGAUUUUAGCUUACGCCCGCGUAGGUCUUUUUUGUUUUCCAAGGCUAGAAGCUUCGAUUACGAUGUGAUACAUGAUCCGUUCAGCGAUCGAUUUGGUACCACUAGGCUACGGGACACCGGCCUGUUGUCGCGCCGAGCCAAGAGUUUCGAGUACGAGACCAUUUCAAGCAACAUAUUCAGCGACGACAGUCUCAGAACGGCGAGGAGGAAGUUGAAGAGAAAUCUUUCUCUGAGCGACGCCGGUUACGGCGACAAGAUACCGGCUCUGGGGGACCAGAGCAAGUCCUACUACGAUUCAAAUGGCGACGAUAAGCCGCCAAAGAGUUUGCUGAACAAGGAGCCCAAUUAUGAUUACCUCACGAGCCAAGAUCACAAGCCCUUUUACGGUUACGAUUCGGAGCUCAGCGCGGGUGAGACAGAGAUUUACGUGCCGAGCUUCGACAGCAAACGGCCAACAACGACGAGCAUCAUCGAGGACUAUCACCAUCGACCUUACCCACCCCUAAAUCCGCGCCGUCUUACCACCGCCACGACGCUCACCGACGACCUUAGAUCCACCUUUGGCCGCGAGGACACUACCAAGAGGAAAUACGUCGAGUCCUCCUCUUAUCAGGAUCACGAUGCCACCACCUUCAACGCGCACAUAUCCGCCGAGAAGAGAACGAAAAAUCUCAAUGAUCCGGAUCUUUGCGAUCCCCUCAACGACCAUGUGUAUUACAGCAUAGACGAGACCGUGUCUUCUUCGGACAAUUGUUACAAUGGCACCCGGAGUGACGACGAGUACGACCGCCAAACCAGAAGAAUCGCUGCCAUUGCUUCUUCCCUUCCGCCACGCAGACGAACAAAAAGCACCGACUCAUAUCUCGGGGACGAAUACGACCGUUACGAGAAUUGGGAGGUCGAUUACGAUGACGAAGACGAGGGUUUCAUCGAUCGUCGUAAUCACGAGGAUUAUGAUGACGAAGACGUCGAUGAUGACGACCGCGACCACGACGACCGCGACCACGACGUCGUUGAGUUGGACGAGGACCUCGUUGACGUUGGACGAUACGGUUACGAGAACGACCUAGACGAUAUGACGAGGACUACGACCCAGACGAUGACGACGAACAUGACCGGUAAUACGAACGCGACGACGACGACGACCAAUUUGCGUAAUGCCGACCGUUCCAUUUAUCGUCGUCACCAGGACGAUUACUAUCGUGACGAACAUUCCCCACGAAUUGCCGCUUCGAGAAACGCACACUUUGACGAUAGGACUUUUAUCGUCGACGACGAUUACAACGGUUAUCGUAGUGCCGACGACUACGAUUAUCACCGGACGAUAAGAACGCACACGAAUGGCCUCGAGAAUGAUAAGAUUUACAACCACAACAACACAUUUCCCAGAAGACGUAGGAGAAGAAGCAGACGAGGCAGCAGAGGUGAUCCCAAUUUGGUCGCGUAUGAAAAUGUGAGAUCUUUUAACGGCAGGGAUCACCUCGUCAUGCCACCUACGACGAAGGAUAGCUUGACUGUACCGACUUUUUCCGAGAGCAAGAGGAUGAUGAUGAUUCAACGUGCCGAAUCAACACCGGUCUUGCAUUCAGACGAAGAUCCAAGCACGUGUCCAGCGGCGUUAGAUGCGAGAAAUCGACGUCUAUAUCGUCGCAGACGCAACAGCAGUUGUCCCGAGUCAAAGGAAUAUCUACGAUCUAGUGAAACUCUUCGACGUGCUGCUAAUUUCAAGGAUGAGGAUAGAGGAAGGUCGAACUUUAUGCUGGACUCCGAGGAGGAAUUUGGCUCGAUGGAGACGGUCGUUGGUGCCGAUUACUUUAGGCGGAAAAACGAGUUGGAGGUUCGCGAGGAUGGUGGUGGUGGUGGUGGUACUGGUGUUGGGGGUGGUAGUAGUGGUGGUGGUGGUGGUGCUGGUGGUGGUGGUGGUAGUAGAGGUGGUGGUGUAGUCCUUGUAGGCGAAGACCGAUUAGGAUCGGUUAGAUCAGAUUACUACGACGAGGAACCGCCGGUAGUCUCCUCGAGGUACGAUCUCCUGCCGGAUUACGAGUGUCGCGAAUGUAACGAGGCUGCCGCAGCUCGCGAAUUCGUUAGGUCAGGGUCGCUACGUUCCUCCUCGAGCCCGCACGAGUCGCGUUAUCAAAAUUGGUCGUCCUCGACGCGCGGUAGUAUUAGACGAAAAAGUAGCUGUCCGGAGUGCCGUGAGCUGGCGCUGUCCUCUUUCGGUGGCGAUUUAGACGGCAUUGGUAGGUCGCGUAGGAGCGAUGACAGGAGGUCGUUAGUCGAGGCGAGACAAAGGUAUCGUAGGCGAAACAGCAGCUGUCCUGAGGCUAGGGAACUCGAGCUUAUAGAGAAGAGGCAGCAACAGCCGCAGCAGGACGGCCGGUACCAGUCUUCGCGUCAGCCCUCGCGUCAACCUUCGCGUCAGCCUUCGCGUCAGCCCUCGGCGAUGCACGCUUCUUCCCAGACCCAACAACGCGCUCAUCAACAACAACAACAGCAACCGCAACAACAACCGCAAACGCAGCCGCAACAACAGCAGCAACAACAACAACCGCAACAACAACAACAACAACAACCGAGUAGUAAGAGGAACGUGGCGAUAAGCGACACCCUCGAGUAUUACGAGUACUCGAUGGAAAGCGAGAGCCAGUGCAGCGAGAACUGCGGAUUUGGCCCGUGCGAUCCGCGUAGGCCCCGUAACCGAGCACCCCGCCCCGGUAACGCUAAUUCAAGUCUCUUUGAUUCCCAAACCGCUACCUCCGACACUGCUAAAAACUACCACCCACGGGCCGACGAUCAUCAACACGAAAACCCACGUACGAUCGCGAAACCGACAUCGACGCACGUCGACGUCAUCAUCGGCGAUGGUGACGUUCUCGACGGUGAUGUUGUUGAUCAUCGACGACGACGUUACGACGACGACGACGACCCGCGGGAUCGUCGCUCCUCCUCCAUGCCCGAAAGCAGCGAGUACUCCGGCCAGUCGAGCUCGUACGAAAAACCAACGAGGCAUCAGACGACCGACAAUGGCCACGACGAACAACAUACAGGAAAACGGGGCCAAUUUAUUAGGAGUCUCAGUAACACGGACGCACCGCCCGAUGAGAAAGUUGAUGGUAGUUUGAGCGACACGGCCGUCAGUCACGUGGAUGAUGCCUCGAGGAGGGGUCGUAAGAGUUCACCGGGUAGUAAAAGUGGAAGCGGAAGUAGCAGCGGCGGCGGAAGCGCCGUACAGUAUCAGACCGGUCUUGGAAAGAAGAGUAACAGCACGAGUCAGCUAUCCGCGACAGAUUGUUCUGGUGGUGGUAGUGGUGUUGGUAGCGGUACCAUUAUCAGCGAGUUACGAGUCGUCGCUUUUUCGAAUCGGAAGCGCAACAGUACACCCUGCAGCAUCCAACGUAGCGAGGAGAUCUAUUCUUUCUAUCAACGCUUCGAUUCUGGCAAGAUGGUGGGAUCUGUGGCCAGCGAUACAGCCGGAAGUCUCAACUCGAUAUCUAGUUCAGAAACAAGCUCCUGGUCACCCAGUCUGCGAAUGGCAUCGGAGACCGGGCAGCUGAGAGACUUCAUCGAGGAUCUUGGUCCUGCACAAGUAGUUGGAAGACAAGCUUUAGGUGCUUGUUAUCUUGGUGCCAUACAGCUAUCUCUUAGCCAUACAAAAGGUUAUCUCGAAGUUGAGAUUAUUCGUGCCAAAGAUCUUAAAACGAAAAUUGGAAGCAAAGGCAUUCCAGCUCCUUACGUAAAGGUUUAUCUGAUGAAUGGGAAGAAAUGUAUAGAAAAAGCGAAGACCUCGAUGGCACGAAAAACGUUAGAUCCUUUUUAUCAAGAAUCUUUGGCAUUUAGAGAAAAUUACCGGGGCUGUAUAUUGCAAAUAACAGUUUGGGGUGAUUAUGGCCGUUUCGAAGGAAAAAAAGUGUUCAUGGGCGUCGCACAGAUCGUAUUGGACGAUCUGAACCUGAAUCAGAUGGUGUUCGGAUGGUACAAACUGUUUGACGCCACAUUGCUGGUCAGUGGGCCUUCAACCCUUGCUUUAUCACGUCGCUCCUCAGCCACGUCCUUAGAAUCCUGUAAGAUCUAA